AUGGAUAGCUCACUGUGCAACAAUGCUGAUGACCACUCAAGAACGGCAUAUCAGCUCAGUCUCCUGAAGCUGGGUUUUUCAGGUGAUGAGGCUAAAGACGUCUCUCUUGCGCCGGUGUUUACUGGCCCCGUGCUCUAUACACAGCCCAACUUGGUACCGUCGCAAUAUGGUUUGUUGGCCGGUGUCUUAGAGCUCCCAGUUGUAUUCCAUUACGACACAUUCAUCGGCGACCAGGGCGGUUCACCGUGCGAGGCUGCCUUCCUCGCCACCAGUCCCAAAUGUCCAAGUGAGGGUUCUCUGUGCCCCCAACAAAUUUCCGAAAUAUUCAGGUUCAAAAUCCGUGUUCACCCGCUCCAAAUAAAUCAGCAAGACCUGAACACAAAACGUAUGCUGGAUCUCAUGACAGCAGGCCAAGGGAGCAGUUCUGGCCCCCUGUACCUCCAUACUGUGCAGCGAGUCUUGAGGGAAAUGCGCCUUCUACAGCAGGUUUCUGGAGGGAGAUUCGACUAUCAGGACUUUAAGAAACGGAUUUUUGAUUCUGAUCUCCUGCCCUCCCAGCAACAGCCUCUACGGCAACGCCUGGACAUCCUCGAGAGCUUUAUGCCCAGCCAGCAAAUCAUUGCAAGCACGAGUAAAAAGGGGAAAAAGGCAGUUAAUGACGCCGGAACUAGCUGGUCGCCAAAGGUCUUCCUGGAGCAGGAUACCAAUGUUGGCAGAGUAGUAGCUCUCGAUGAAGCUCACAAGUAUAUGAAGGACUCAGCCGAAGCGCAGAUCUUUACAGAGACUCUUCUAUCCAGUGUGAGACUGCAACGCCAUCUUGCAACCCGGAUAGUGAUUUCCACUCAAGAGCCAACCAUCUCCGCCGACCUUCUCAGUCUUUGCUCGGUCACCAUUGUCCACAGAUUUUCAUCCCCUGCAUGGCUUCGUGCUUUGCAGCAUCAUGUUGCCGCGGCUGCCUUGGGAGUGGAAUCCAACAACAAAACGUUCUCGGAGAAGGAGGAAUCCCAAGGCCAGGCCCACAUGUCCUCAAAACUGUCUUUUCUUGACCGAAUCGUUCGUCUUCGCGUGGGUGAAGCUUUACUCUUCGCGCCAAGUGCAGUAUUCCGCGUGACAUUUGAGGGAUCUGGAACUCCGGCGGUGUCCAAAUUGGGUGGUGGGUACAUGAAGAUCAAAACAGGGUGUGGAAUCAGCAGCUGGGUUGCGGCUAACAGAAAGGUGUGUUUACGGCAGACUGUUGGGAGAAAACCAAAGAAAUAA